AACCCUUGUGGGUUUAGCGCUUAGCUCUGACUGCAAUAAUAAUAAUAAUGUAUUACAUAUCAGUACAUUACCGAUAAUAUAGAAAGCUAUAUUAUAGCAACAUAUGCCUUCAUUAUCGAUAAUAUAGCAAGGUGUGGAAAUGUCAAUAGCAAAUAUAGUAAGCUGUAACAUUUAAAGAUGAUGUCAAUGGUGUUACAGUAAGAUAUCGAAAUACUUUCCCGAAUGUCGCUAAAUCCGGGAGAAACUACAGUGGAAAACACGACUACAUCAGAGGUCGCUUACACUCCUGUUACACCUGCCCUGGAGGUCGCUUACACUCCUGUUACACCUGCCCUGGAAGUCGCUUACACUCCUGUUACACCUGCCCUGGAAUUCGCUUACACUCCUGUUACACCUGCCCUGGAAGUCGCUUACAUUCCUGUUACACCUGCCCUGGAUGUCGCUUACAUUCCUGUUACACCUGCCCUGGAGGUCGCUUACAUUCCUGUUACACCUGCCCUGGAAGUCGCUUACACUCCUGUUACACCUGCCCUGGAGGUCGCUUACACUCCUGUUACACCUGCCCUGGAAGUCGCUUACAUUCCUGUUACACCUGCCCUGGAUGUCGCUUACAUUCCUGUUACACCUGCCCUGGAAGUCGCUUACACUCCUGUUACACCUGCCCUGGAGGUCGCUUACACUCCUGUUACACCUGCCCUGGAGGUCGCUUACACUCCUGUUACACUUGCCCUGGAGGUGCCCUGGAGGUCGCUUACACUCCUGUUACAUCUGCCCUGGAGGUCGCUUACACUCCUGUUACACCUGCCCUGGAAGUCGCUUACACUCCUGUUACACCUGCCCUGGAAGUCGCUUACACUCCUGUUACACCUGCCCUGGAAUUCGCUUACACUCCUGUUACACCUGCCCUGGAGGUCGCUUACACUCCUGUUACACCUGCCUUGGGGUCGCUUAUACUCCGGCUGCACUUGCUAUGAAGGUCGUUUACACUCUGGGUAAACGUGCCAUGAAGGUCGCUUACACUCCGGCUACACCUGGAGGUCGCUUACACUCCAGCUACAACUGGAGGUCGCUUACACUCCAGUUACACCUGGAGGUCGCUGGCACUCCAACUACACCUCGAGGUCGCUUACACUCCAGCUACACCUGGAAAUCACUUACACUCCAGCUUCACCUGGAGGUCGCUUACACUCUUGGACUUUUGGCGGUGCUGCCAGAUUGCGCCAAUUUACAGGUCCGGGUUCACUGGAAGGUCAGACAGGCAGACAGAAAGCGAGUACUCAUCCUCCCAUUCUACUCAUCUCCAGUAUUCAUCCUCCCAUUGUACGAAUCACCAGUACUCAUCCUCUCAGUGUACGCAUCACCAGUACUCAUCCUCCCAUUGUACGCAUCACAAGUACUCAUCCUCUCAUUGUACGCAUCACAAGUACUCAUCCUCUCAGCGUACUUAUCACCAGUACUAAUCGUUCCAUUUGGGGUAGCAGGUUAGUAGACAGCAACCAUCCAGGGAGGUACUAUCAUCCUGUCAAGAUUGGGAAUUGGAAACCUGUUAAAUGUUUUGCACUCUGGCAGGACUGCCAAUCUUUUAUAAGCAUUCUAAACACCAUAAACACACACACACACACCUUUAUUUUAUGUGCGUCUUAAUAGUUCUAAAUCCUGUAAUAUAUCCUUUCCAGCCAAGGUGGUCUGGUCUGAGACCAGCCCGUAUGGAAGACAGUCCCUAGAAUCACUGACAGAUAACAGUACUCUGAAUCAGUACUCAUCCUCCUCAUGAUGUUCAGGAAGUGGAAUGACCAGGACUAGGAGUUUAUGAAAGCAUAUUACAAAGAUUUAAGUAUAGGUACGACAGAGCCCGCGAGGCAACGAACUGGUGUAGGCAGGCCCAGGAGCCACGACCCCGGCAAUUACAACCAGGCAAUUGCAAAAUGCUGGAACUCGCUCCUCCCCUUCCCUGUCACCCCUCCCUCUCUCCCCUCUCACCCACUCCCUCUUCCUCUAGUAACAUAAACAAGUAAUUUAUACAGAACAAAUUAGUCUCUAUCUACAUACAGUUUGGGAACUUCCAGGCUGCUUCCCUCCCCCCACUCCCUACAUCUCUACACCCCACCCCUUCCCUCCGCCUCCCUUUCCUCUCCCCUUCUCCCUUCUCCCUUCCUCCACUCCCCAACUCCGUAACACCUGGAAAUCGCUUCCUUCAUCUGUUAAACGCCAUCUACCUCCUUCCCCCUACCGUAGUCCUUCCUUCUACCUCCUUCCUCCUACCGUAGUCCUUCCAUCUACCUCCUUCCUCCUACCGUAGUCCUUCCCUCUACCUCCUUCCUUCUACCUCCUUCUCCCUACCGUAGUCCUUCCUUCUACCUCCUUCCUUCUACCUCCUUCUCCCUACCGUAGUCCUUCCUUCUACCUCCUUCCUUCUACCGUAGUCCUUCCCUCUACCUCCUUCCCUCACAGUAUCUGGCUACUGAAUCACACUAGAAUACUUAACACUAUCCUCAUCACCUUUCUAAAAUCUCCCACCUCAGUUAUUACUCUAUUUACAAAACUCACCACCACCACUAUCAUUAGCAUCACCACUACAACACCACCAUCACUAUCACCACACCACUACCAUCACUAUCACCACACCACUACCAUCACUAUCACCACUACCACACCAACAUCAUUAUCACCACACCACCAUCAUUAUCACCACUACCACACCACUAUCACCACUACCACACCACUAUCACCACUACCACACCACCAUCACUAUCACCACUACCACACCACCAUCACUAUCACCACUACCACACCACCAUCACUAUCACCACUACUACACCAUCACUAUCACCACUACCACACCAUCACUCACCACUACCACAUCACUAUCACCACUACCACACCAUCACUAUCACUACCACACCACCAUCACUAUCACCACUA